GCAGAGCGCGUGGGGCUGAGCUCUGCCCCGGGACCGUCUGGGAACAUGGCCCUGCAGGUGUCGGCUCUGGCCCUUCUCCUGGCCCUUCCGCCCCUGCUGUCUGCCCAGGGAGCGGCACCCUGGCCCAGGCCCACCAAGACUCCAGAAAAAUGUGAAAUACCCAGAACCUGGGACUCCAGAUUGCAGUUUGCCCCCGCGGGGCCGUCCUACGCCCCGGGUGACUCGGUGACACUGAGCUGCCCUGUGGGGUAUCGGCCGUCACCGCCUGUGAUCCAAUGUCUCAGCAAUGGGAGCCAGGCUGUCUGGAGUGAGACACCCACCUGCCGGGGGGUCUGUACGAGGGCAGGAAACUGGCCCCCGUCGGUCUCUGCUGCCUCCCCACGGACAGAGUUUGCCGUUGGCGAGGAGGUUCAGGUGACCUGUCGCCAGGAGCAGUACGAGGGGCGCCCGGCUUGGGUGCGAUGCACGGAGACGGCUGGGCGCGUGGAGUGGGACACGAGCAAUGUGAGCUGUGUGGAGAAAUGCCCCAGGCCCCAGUGGGACCCCAGACUCCGGUUCGUGCCAGACCGGCCAUUUUAUGGCUGGAAUGAACAGACAAUGCUGAGCUGCCCUGGGGGGUUCCAGCCUUCGCUCUCUGUGAUCAGAUGUGUGAGAUGGGGUCAGACCUGGAGUCACUGGACUGUGUGGGACCAGCGCGCCUGGCGCCGUAUCACCGAGAACGUUACCUGUGCAGAGACCCCCCGGAUCAUCCCAGGGGCCCUGGAGGUUUCACCCACCACCAUCAAACUGCGCUGGACGUGUGAGCCCCCUGAAUCCUGCCAGGGCAGCUGGAAGAUACAGGCCCAAUGCCGGCUGGAUGGACCCCAGUCAGACCCCUGCCGGAGAAAAGGGCUCACCAGAGAGCAGCCGUUACAGGGACUGGACGGAACAGUAACGUGCAGUUCCCUGCACCCCUUCACCUCCUACAGAGUCACCAUCUCUGGGGGCUACCCAGCGACCAGAGCACCCAGCACUGUCCUCUAUAGCCGGCGGGUCACCACGAGUGAAGCAGCCCCAGACCAACCCGAGAUCGAGCCGCUGGAUCCCAGCACCAAAACCCUCAGGUGGAAGCAGCUGCCGCCCUGCAAAGGGGAGAUCGUCGGGUACCAGCUGAACAUCACGGCCUGGAGAGAGUACAACAGCGAUUUCCUCGAGGUCGAGGAGCUGUGGGUGAAUCAGUCGGUCACCAAGUACCUGCUGCAGCCCUGGAGACACGGGACCAAGUACACGGUGACAAUCCAGGGCCUCACAGCGGCUGGCCUUGGGCAGGCGUCGCGCUGGGACUUUGAAACCGAGAUCUCUGGUAAGGGCCUCCCUGCUCUAGGACAAGUCUGAGGGGGCCGAGGACCAGGGCACAGACCAAA